AUGGUUGCUAAGGAAAGCUGCAUGGCACUGCCCGCACGUCUGGACAAGUUUCUGCACAGCAUGGAGCGCGGAACGAACAUGUCAGAGCUUAAUUGGGCCAACGUAGCGCUUGCAACUCUCGAGCGCGUCUUCAAAAUCAGGGAGCGCUUUCUCUUCGCCAACCACCAGCAGGUUAAGACUAGGCAUGAUGGUUACGGCCUAGUUCACCCGAAGGCGCUGUUUAGCAACACUCUCAGCGUUGAGCCCCGCGAUAUGGCGCAAAACCUGGAAGAUGCUCAGCGCUGCGGAGGCAAGCGAAAGCUACCGGAAAGCCACGUGGCAGAGACUGCAGCUGAGCUGGUUGUGCAAAUACAGCCACGGACACAGGAGGAGAUGGAGGGGCACGAGGGGUUCACCAACGGAUACGGCAGUACACGAAGCCCCAACAGGGUAUGGUGA